AUGAGCACUAAAAGUGGUGCAAGAGGCCGUGGCAGAGGCCGUGGAAGUAUUAGGGUUGGAUUUUUGGCAUCAGGCCAUAUGCCCAACGUUGAAGCAACUGGGGAUGACGCAUUGUCCCAAGUAAUGCUAAGAAUUCUGGAAAGGGUCGUUGGGCCCAACAAUAGCAGUGGAAGCCGUGGGUCAAUUUCGGAGCGACUUCAAUCAAGCGGAGCAAAGAUUUUUAAGGGUAUCGCAAGAGUGACCCCUAAUGUGGCCGAAUAUUGGUUGGAGGCAACCGAAAGGAUAAUGGCUGACUUGGAUUGCACUUCAGAAAAAAAACUGAAAGGUGCGGUAUCGUUGCUGCGAGAGGAAGCCUACCAAUGGUGGCUUACCGUGAAAGAGGGCACUCAUCCUGACCGGGGGAGGAAAUUCUUUAAUUUGACUAAGAGAGACAGAUCUGUGGAAGAAUACGAGGCAGAGUUCCUACGACUCAGUCGGUAUGCUAAAAGAAUAGUGGCAACAGAUUAUGAACGUUGUGUUUUGUUCGAAGAUGGCCUUAGAGACAGUCUUCGGGUACUAAUUGCUCCCCAAAGGGAGCGGGAUUCCACAGCAUUGGUGGAGAAAGCAAAGAUCGCUAAAGAUGUGAAUCGCACUGAGUGCCUAAACUGA